AGGACGUGUCUUCUGGAAGGCUCAGGGGCUGCGGAAGCGCCGGGCCUGGUGUUUCUCUCCAUUCCCUUCCCUAACCCCUCCUGAUCCAGGCGGUUUUUCUUUCCCGCCGCCGCCCAGCGCCACCUGGCAUCUCCAGGGCGACCGGGCCGGCAACAAGAUGGCGGACGAUAAAGACAGCGGAGAAGCAGGAAUACAAGAAGUUCAGAAAAAAAUCAAAGAUGCUUUUGAGGUGUUUGACCAUGAAUCCAAUGACACCGUGGAUGUUAGAGAAAUUGGUACAAUUAUCAGAUCAUUAGGCUGCUGCCCAAGUGAAGGAGAACUGCAUGACUUGAUUGCAGAGGUGGAAGAAGAAGAACCCACUGGAUAUAUUCGUUUGGAAAAAUUUCUUCCAAUGAUGGUUAAAGUACUCUUGGAGAGAAGAUACAGACCAAUUCCAGAAGACCUUCUUCUUCAAGCAUUUGAGGUGUUAGAUUCAGCUAAAGAAGGAUUUCUUACUAAAGAAGAGUUGGUCAAGUUUAUGACCGAAGAAGGUGAGCCUUUUACACAGGAGGAAAUGGAAGAAAUGUUGUCUGCUGCACUCGAUCCAGAAACAAACACAAUUCAGUACAGAGACUAUUUAGCAAUGAUGGUGAUAGAUGAAAAUUAAAAGGUUACUGACUCUUUCCCUUCUCAUACUAAGAAGUCCUGCAUUCAUUCUGGUGGUAAACUGGAGCCCACUGCUGGAGAGGCAACCUUGGGGCUUGAGGGACAUGAUCUCUGGGCUAGGCUUGAGGAGCUGGUGAGCAAUUAUCUAGAUAAACUGCUAAAGUAUUAGUGCCCUCAAAGACUUUGAUGUUUGGUAGAAAGCUGACUCCUUCUCAGAGAUUCAAAGGGCUUUUCAGCAGCCUUGCCAGGACACUCAACUUUAAAUCACCUACAACCUUCUUUCAACUUCAACUAGUUUAGAAGAUGGAGGAACUGUUGCUUUUUGAUGUGAAUCAUCAGGAUUAAUGUAAUAGAUUCCUUGGAAAGUUACCCUUUCAGAUUACUCAGAGACUAGGCAAACGUGGCUAAAUUCCUCAUUCCUUAAAUAAAAUAUCUGCUCAUUCAUUCAUCUUUCUUUCUCUAAUACUGUUAUUUAAUGUGAGAAGAUUAUUUUUUCCCUUAAAGGUUAUAGUCAUCAUGGAUCAGUAAAGAAAGCAGAACAGAAGGCUAUUGAUAUGUUACUUUUGUGAUAUCAUUAGGUUUUCAUACCAAUGGAAUCUGAAAGAAGCUAUUGAGUACUCAUCAGAAAAUUACUUCCAAUUAUUGGUAAUCUGCAGUCAAUUCAACCUACUGGUCAUAGGUUAUGAGAGAUGCAACUACAGUGGGGUGAUUAGGGCUUUGACUUAGGGUGCCAAAUUUAACAGGCACCAAUAGCAAUGUCACUUGCCAUGAGUAGCUGAAUUUCUUCCAUUCUUCUCUCUCCCUUCCCCAAUAUCAGUUUCACCAGUGUCCUAGGGCAUUUAUCAUCCUGCCAUGAGUUGAUGUCUUGGCCCCCUGUUCCCACUUGAUGGUACCUUUCAUGUCACUUGUAUUGCAUGCCAAAAUUUCACAAUUAUAGCUCUGUAUGAUACACACACAUAUAAAUAAAUGCUUGCUAUCAGCAUGGGAAGAUGUCUUGCAUUAAUUUCUUAUCUACCUAUUUUUCAAUAUUCAAUUCUAUUUGUUAAACAUUUAUUAGUUAGGUAUAUUUUUUGCCCAGCACUGUACUAAGCAUUUAGGUAGAUGGAGAGAUGAAGACACAAAUGUGGAAUAUUUAGUGUUCAUGAGAAGUGUUGGUGUAGUAUCUAGCCCCUGGGAGACAUGGAAUGGAAAUUUCCACUCUACAGAAGAGCAGAGGCCAAGAUGUUUGGACAAUCCUCUCCAUCCUCCUCUCCCCACUUCUGUACCCCUCUACCCCCAUCAAAUAACUCCAAAUAUGCAAAUUCUCUUUCAUAUAUGAGAACAAUGUGUCUAAAUUCUAGGAAUACGUGAAAGCAAUGAUGACAAUCUCAUUAGUAUGAAUCAUGUAUAUAUUUUAGCAUGACUCAGUAUGUUUAGACUGGAAAUAUGAGGACAGAGUUGAUUUUGCUCUGUUUAACUUUCAAUUUCUUCAGAGUGACAGUGAAAAGAGAAAGAUACAUUAAAAGGACAUCAAACAAAAGGAUGUAUGAGCUUCACAACUUCCUUCCUUGAUCUCUCUUAACAAGCACUCAUUGGUAUGCAUGAUAAUGUUCUCUUGUUUAAAAAAAUCUCCUGCCUUCUCCUCCAAAGACUAUUCCCAGAUGCCUUCAUGUAUAAAUUUCAUGUAUGAACCAUAAUGAAAACUGACUAGUUUGCCAUUGAUCUUUUUCCAACGAUCUGUUUCCUCCAUUAUUCAUUGUUAGGUUGGUGGAUAAUUUGAGAGUAAAUUGAAUCACUCUUGAGCAGGUUUCUUGUUUCUUGAAUGGAAUAGAGAAGGGAUUUGAUGUAGUUUUGAAACUAUGUUAAAGAGUGAUGCUAUUGAUAAAAAAUAGUUGAAAUUAUUAUUUGAAUACUGAGUGGGACAAGGGGAUCUGUUACUGGAUCAGUCCCUGCAGAGGGGUUGGGGGAAGUGACUCAUGGAGGCAUCUCUCACAGAUGACAGUGGGUAGACUCAUUAUACAAUGGGGGAUGGGAACAUUGUGGGAGCAGUUCUCCCCCCAAUGAAAACCAUCCUUUUAAAAAUGUUAUUGGGGGCAGCUAGAUGGCACAGUGGAUAAAGCAACGGCCCUCGAUUCA